CGAAGAAAUGGAAGAAGAUGAACGGGUUCGCCAAUUGCAAUCGCGGUUGUUAGCGACACCUCAACACAUCCAGUGGGAAGGCUCUUGCGAUGCGAAUGUGGGGCGGGAAGCUGGUGGAGGUGGCAAAGCCCAGGUGAGGGACGAUGGGGAAUACGGAUGAAGGGGAGUGUGGUACUGGAGAGCGCCGAGAACAGGUUGGAGGAGGGACAGACCAUAUGGAGUGGGAAAAGGUUGCGGCGGGCGGUGGGGUGGGCGCUGGUGCUGUGCGUGGUUCGGAAAUGGGAGACGAGAAAUUGGAAGAAGAAAGAGAAGACGUGGAUGCUUCCGCGGGGCUUGCUUCCAAGGGGAGGGGAAAACGCACUGCACAAUCGUCACCGAAGCCUGCUGCGCCUAAGAAACAGCCUCGAAGAAAAGUUGUGGACGAAACUCGGGUCGCCUUGGAUGCAUCUCAAGGGACGCUUGGUGACGUCGAUGUGAAAUGCAAAUCAAGUGCUCGGAUUCGUAAAACGUCACAACCCAAGAAACCCGUGCGACCAUCAAGGCGUCAGAAAUCGGACGACUCCUGCGACGAUGCUGAAGGCGGGGCCCCUCGCUUGCUCUCCCUCCCUUACGACGACGAGCAGGAUACGAAGAAACCCAGUGCGGUCAACAUGACGCAGUGCUUCUUCCUCGAGUACGACGACGACGGCAAAACGAGAAGAGAUCCGCCUAGGGUGGUGAUUGACGUCGUGCAGAUCCUUCCAAUUCCGGCGGGAGAUAUAACCUUCAACCAGCGAUUGCUGAACUUGGCCAUCGUUGCAGGCAUCGAUGCGACAAUCGAGGCAUCAACUCAUCCAAGGUUUGCGGAUGAUCCGGCCCUGUGGGAUCCACCGGAGUUGGUGCUGGCUCCGAUUAUGCCAUCGCUUGAGCAUCCGGACAGCCAAGGGACACGAGUCCUUCCGCAUGACUUCGAUCCCGAUAGGGCAAACGAGUAUUUUUAUUACCCGGUUGUCGGUCAGCAUACUUCCGAAGCUAUGAAAUGAGCAGUGGCGAGGAAAUCUGAAGCCGUUGAGGUGUUCCGUUUUC